AUGGGCAACGAGAGCUCGACGCUGGCCGCAGGAGAGGAGGAGCCCGGCAGAGACGCCGCCGCCGCCGUCGAGGGAGGCGAGUGCUGCGGCUACCGCGUGCUGGGCAUCCAGGAGCAGUCGCCCGCGGCGGCCGUGGGCUUCGUGAGCUUCUUCGACUUCAUCCUCGAGGCCAACGGCAUCCGCCUCGACACGCGCGACGCGACUCUGAUGGAGCUCAUCGCGCAGAGCGAAGACCGUCCCAUGCAGCUCAAAGUGUUCAACGUCAAGGCCCAGAGCACGCGGGAGCUGCAGCUCACGCCCAGCCGCAAGUGGCCGGGCAAGGGCCUGCUGGGCGUCACCAUCCGCUUCGACUCGUACGAGGGCGCGGAGGACCAACUGCUGCACGUGCUCAAUGUGGCAGAGGCGUCGCCGGCGGAGCGCGCGGGGCUUCGAGCGGACUCGGACUAUCUGCUGGGCACGCCGGAGCGGGUGUUCACCGAUGCGGAGGACCUACACGAUGAGAUUCUGGACGCUCUGGACGGGUCGUUCCAGUGCUACGUGUACAACUCGCUGGAGGACCAAGUGCGCAUCGUGUCGAUUGUUCCCACUGAGCGAUGGGGAGGAGAUGGUGUGCUGGGGGCUGAAGUUGGACAUGGAUACUUGCAUCGACUACCGUCCGUGUGCCGCAGUACUAUCGGCUCCUCCGUGGGUUUCGUCAAUCUCCCGAAGGAUGCCAAGGCAGCCACGGAUGCUUUCUGUAAGAUGGUUUCCGGUGAUGGUUAUCGUUUUCUUUUGGAGAUGAGAGAGACUAAAAGUUGUGGAUUACUGUGA